AUGCCUGUUUACACCGGCAUGCGUAUGCCCAGUCAAGAAAAUCACCUGGACAGAGGAAGGUUCUGCUGCUCGAUCUGUGUGGAUCUACUGAAGGAUCCGGUGACUACUGGCUGUGGACACAGCUACUGUAAGAGCUGUAUUAACACCCACUGGGACAAAGAGGAGGAGAGAGGAAGCUACAGCUGUCCUCAGUGUAGACAGACCUUCACACCGAGGCCUGUCCUGGGGAAAAACACCAUGUUAGCUGAUUCACUGGAGGAGCUGAAGAAGACUGGUCUCCAAGCUGCUCCUGCUGAUCACUGCUAUGCUGGACCUGAAGAUGUGGCCUGUGAUGUCUGCACUGGGAGAAAACUGAAAGCUCUCAAGUCCUGUUUGAAUUGUUUGGCCUCUUAUUAUGAAAAACACCUCCAGCCUCAUCUUCAGUCAGCUCCAUUGAAGAAGCACAAGCUGAUGGAGCCCUCGGAGAAGCUCCAGGAGAACAUCUGCUCUCGUCACGACAUGGUGAUGAAGAUGUUCUGCCGCACUGAUCAGCAGUGUAUCUGUUCUCUCUGCUCUGUGGAGGAACAUAAAGACCACGACACAGUGUCAGCUGCAGCA